AGUCAAGUCAUGGAACCAAUCACGAGUUUCAAGGAUCUCCCAUUCUUCUUCUCACUCUUUCUCUUAACCUACCUCCUCGGCUACUUAUUCCUCUUCCGCACGUGGACCCCACCCUCUCGCCCCUUAGCCUCCAGCUGCCUAAUCUCCCUCCUCCACGGCGUCUCCGCCGUAUACCUCGCCGCCAACGCCCUCCUCUCCGACCCCAACCGCGGCUUCUCCUCCGCCAACACCCCGUCCCAGAACUCCGUCCUCGACUUCAGCUCCGCCUACUUCCUCGCCGACCUCCUCCACCUCGCCGUCUUCCCCUCCCCCGCCGGCGGAGACGGGCUCUUCGCCGCGCACCACGCCGCCGUGCUCUUCGUCUUCCUCACGUGCCGGUACCUGGUCUCCCACGGCGCGUGCGCUCUACUCGCGCUCCUCAUCGUCGCGGAGGCCACGAGCGCGUGCCAGAACUCGUGGACGCUCGCGGAGGCGCGUGGUACAGACGCUCCGAUCGCGGUGAGUCUUCACCGUUUCGUUACGGUGCCGUUUUACGCGUCGUAUAGCGUUUGUAGGUGCGUUUUGGCGCCGUUGCUUAUCGUUAGGAUGACGUGGUUUUAUGUAAGUGGGGGAGCUGAUGACGUCAUACCUAGGUGGGUUUGGGUGUCGUGGACCGUCGUUAUUGUCGUUGCUGUUACCGUUAGUAUUCUUUGGAUUUGGAAUUUGUGGGUAUUGUUUUUUCAAGAAAAACGAAAUUCUAAAAUUGCGAAAAAGAUUCAGUAAAAAUAUGAUUUUAAUUUUUCCUUAUCUCUCAGAUUUGUUAUCUAGUAAGAAAAAAAAAAGAAGAUUUGAUGUCUAUUUUUAGCGUAAAGUAAUAUCUCUAAAUCAAAUCAUAUCCGUUGAUUUGGAGUUUAACCCCACAUAAUCAACA